CCAGACUGCGUCCUCUCCGCUUCUCAUCUGUGGCUGCUGUCAAGAGACAGAGCCAGUGGACAAACCACAGCAGUAGUAUAGCGAACAGCAUUCGAAAUAUGCUUAAAAAGCAGUAACCUAUGCUUCUAAAGGGACGCCAAUAACAUAAUAUACAACAGCAGAAACUUUCCACCAGUGGACCUUCCCGACCAGUGACUGUCUGCCAUGUUGUCCAGACUGAGGACAACCUGGUCCCUGAGGCCCUGCGUCUCUGUUUGCAGAUGGGCACACACCAAAGAAAAGGGCAAGCCCCUCAUGCUCAGCCCUCGCACCAACAAAGGCAUGGCCUUCACUCUACAGGAGCGACAGAUUUUGGGGAUUCAUGGUUUGUUGCCCCCCAAAGUGGAGACUCAGGACACUCAGGCCAUGAGGUUUCAGAAUAAUCUCAAGAAGAUGACUGAUCCCCUGGAGAAGUACAUCUACCUGAUGGGCAUCCAGGAAAGGAACGAGAGGCUUUUCUACAGGGUGCUGAUGGAAGACAUAGAGGAGUUGAUGCCAAUUGUCUACACUCCCACUGUAGGCCUGGCCUGCACGCAGUAUGGACACAUCUUUAGAAGACCCAAAGGCUUGUUCAUCUCCAUUCGGGACAGAGGACAUGUCCGCUCCAUCCUGGACAACUGGCCAGAAAGUAAUGUGGCAGCAGUAGUAGUGACUGAUGGAGAGCGUAUUUUAGGAUUAGGAGACCUAGGUGUUUAUGGAAUGGGAAUACCUGUUGGAAAACUUUGCCUGUACACUGCCUGUGCUGGCAUAAGACCUGAGAGAUGUCUGCCCGUGGUGAUAGAUGUAGGCACAGACAAUGAGACUCUCCUUCAUGAUCCACUGUACAUGGGCCUGUACCAGAAGCGAGACCGCUCUCAAGCCUAUGAUGAUCUGAUCGAUGAGUUCAUGGAAGCUGUGGUGGAGAAAUAUGGGCAGGACACUCUGAUCCAGUUUGAGGACUUUGGGAACCACAAUGCAUUCCGGUUCCUCAGAAAGUACAGGGAGAAGUACUGCACCUUCAACGAUGACAUCCAAGGCACUGCAUCUGUAGCCCUUGCUGGUCUGUUAGCAGCUCAGAGAGCCGUUGGGAAACCCAUCACUGAACACCGGGUGCUUUUCCUGGGAGCAGGAGAGGCUGCCCUUGGUAUUGCCAAUCUGAUUGUAAUGGCCAUGACAGAGUCAGGGGUGUCCCAAGAUGAGGCCCAAAACAAGAUCUGGAUGUACGAUAAAUACGGUUUACUUGUAAAGGGCAGACCACAGGAAACAGACGCUAACCAGGAGGCAUUUGUCCACGACAGUCCAGGGGAUGUACAGAGCUUCCUAGAUGCUGUCAACACCAUUAAACCUACAGCUAUAAUUGGUGUGGCAGGAGCUGGACGCCUGUUCACACAUGAUGUCAUCAAGGCCAUGGGAACAUUGAAUGAACGGCCAAUCAUCUUUGCCCUGAGUAACCCCACCAAUAAAGCAGAGUGUACAGCCGAGGACGCAUACAAACUAACUGAUGGUCGAUGUCUUUUCGCCAGUGGCAGUCCAUUUGGACCAGUGACUCUGAGUGAUGGUCGUGUUCUAACACCAGGGCAAGGAAACAACGCUUACAUCUUUCCAGGUGUGGCCCUGGCUGUAAUCGUCAGUGGAGUGAGACACAUCAGCGACACAGUGUUCUUAGAGGCUGCCAAGACCCUUGCAGAGCAGCUGACCGAUAAAGAACUGGCAGAAGGCAGACUCUACCCUCCUCUCUCCAACAUCAGAGAAGUCUCUGUCCAGAUGGCUGUCAAGGUGAUGGAGUAUGUCUAUGCUAAAGGCAUGGCGUUCCGUUACCCUGAGCCUCUGGACAAAAACGGAUUCGUACGUGCUACUGUCUGGAACACCCAGUAUGACUCCUUCCUUCCAGACACCUAUGACUGGCCUGGUGUCAACUUUAGCCCAAAGACAAAGUCAGAGUAGAACAGAUCCUCACUGUGCCCCAAGUCAUAAUGGCCCUCUGUUCCUUUGUUUUCCACUUUACUCUCAUCACAGAUUUUUUUAAGACUAUUGUUAGCUUAGUGCAGAUACACUUAUUGAAACGGACCUCAGCGAUUCCCUAAUCCCUCCAUUUUACUGCAUUUGCACGAACUAGUCUUACUGGAUCUGUGCAAGGUUAGGGGAAAAUGACACUUGAAAGAGAGGCUCAUUUGAAUAAGAAUAGAAAUUUUUCUCUCCACAUAACAAUUCUUUGUCAUCUCUGCAUUACAUAUAAGCCUUGAUAGGACCAGAGGGCCACCCAGUGGUGGAAAAAGGGCAGUGUGGAAAAUUUGUUCCAAUCCUGAAACAUUGAGAUACAUUUUGUCCAUUACUCUGCUUUGAAAAGAAUAUGGCAGACAUUUAUAUCAGAAUGUGGUUUGCUACAGUUAAUUACUCUUAGAUUAAAUCUACGUGAUUGUCAUAUGCCCCAGCACUAACAUUACAUUAAACAAUUUAAUAGUAUGUAAAUUAGACAAUACUCCAAACUACACGGACAAUUGUGCCGCUGCUGAACGUGAUGCAUUUUUUCUAAAUCUUUUUUGGUCAUGAACAACCUUAGAAUAAGUUGCCCUUGUGAACAAAUGACAUUUGUAAUACAAUUUAUCUUUUUCACCUAUUUUAAGAUGUAUUUCGUUAUAUUUUAAUGCAACAGACAGAGUCUAGUUUGAUGUGAUUUACGCUCCAAAUACAAAACUUUCUUCAGUUUUGCAAAAUCUCCAUUCUUGAAGUCCACUUGAUACCACUUUGACUACAUACAGCCACCUAGAGACUGCCCAACUUCAUGCAUGUGUUGUGUAAGGCAUUUUGAGUCCUGCUAAGCUAGGAAAGCAUUUCAUAGGUGCAGGUCAUUACAGUGGAGUAUGGAUUUCUACAUUGCCUUUUUUCACAUCAAGAGGGCCUGUGUGGCUUCAUAAAUAUAAUCAAUGCUUGGUGUGAGACGUUGAGCAGAGUUAAAGAAUUUGAGUUUUCUGUGCAAACUAGAAGAGAAACAGAGAAUAUAAAUCAGAGGGGCAAUUAAGUGAGUAUUUGAAUUAAGACCUGUUGAUGGUCUGAAGCUGAAGAGAUUAUAUGAAGGGAAAUAAAAUUUGAUUUUUGUCUAGAAACAUUCAAUGCAUCCUGCAGCUACACAGCACUUGAACUUCCACUCCAGCUUUGUAUUUUGUUCGAAGGAUUUUGUCACAUUGUAUUUAUUUUCGAGAAUUUAUUUUAUUUUGUAUUUAGAUGUUUUGCAAAGCCCGCCAUCAACACUCCUGUAACGAGUUAUAAUAUAAAAAAUCUGACCCUAAAAAUGAAUUCUUUUGUUUAAUUGUUACAUACUAAUUUUACAUAAAGUAUGCCCUACAUAUUUAAGGAAACAAUGUGCAGUAUCAAAUGAUUGGAUAAAUGUUAUUUUUGUAUUUUAUGAACUGUACAUGCACUUUUUGGUAAUGGUCUCCUGAGCACUUAUGAAGUUGUGUUAAAUACAUCUCUGUGUGUGUGAGGGUUUCGCUCUUUGUAGCAUCCUGUACAACCAACUUACAAACUAGGCUCCUAUUUACUGUUGUUAUCUACCAUGAUCAUCAACAAUAAGUAAUAAAAUCAGUUUAUACUGUAUAUUUAUACACCAAAAAUAGGCUAAGCUUGCUCAUAUAAUAUAUCUGCUCUGCCUUUAUUUAGACAUGAAAAUUCUAGCUGUUUGGCAGAGUAAAUCAGAUUUUACACUGUGACCUAUUCAAAAAGUACUAUUGCUAAAAAAUAUAGAAACCAAAUAACCAUGCUAGGAAAGGUCACAAAUAUCUUGAAAAAGAUAAUAUCUUAAGAUGGGAUCACCAGCUGUGUCACUUUCCCACCAACGAGUACCCAGUAGUCAUUACGACAUUAUUACAUGAAUACUCGGUACUCAUGGGUUGGACCAUCAGCCUCUUUGGAUUCGGCCUUUAUUUAUAUUUCAGCUACAGGCUUGUAAAAUUUUGUGCCUAUGGUUGUGACACUAUCACUAAAAUCUUUCAGACGUAGAAACAGCUGUUACAGUAGGUAUUUCAAGGACAACAUUUUGCCAUGAUGACACAGACACAGAUUAAUGAGGUAAUGACAUUCUAACAUGGCUUUCAUCCUCACUACCUUUUGCAAAAAAAAAAAUUCUGCCAGUAGUGUCUCCUUACAGGUACUGUUAUGCAUAGUACUUCACACUAAAUGGUACCUAUAGAUAGAAAAAAACUAGCAAAUGUAGUUGUGACAAAGAACAAAGCAGCUAUACUAUAUAUUCUAGUUAUCUUUUUCUAAUAUUUCACAUAUGUAUGUCGGUUUGCAUCCAUCGCUGUGUGAUGCUUUGCUGACAGUUACCCGUGCAAGGUUGUUUGUUGGAUCUUCAGUUUUAGCUGUGUGUGUUUCAUGUAAAAUGCUGGAAAUGAGAUGCUCUGACCAUAUGUACAGGAUAUAAUUACACCCUUACAGCUGUAACAGUUAACUGAUGACAUUAAACCACUCAGUCUAUGUACUUUCCACACAGUGUCAAGGCCACUGGUAGUGUUGUGCAUUAAUCUUCAAAUGUUUAAUGUUUAAUUCAAUUAUAUUUACUAGUCAACUGUAUUAAUUUUUAACCUCAGGAGAUUGUAUUUGGACCUUCUAACCACCUGCAUAGAAGUGCCUGCACGAUGUUCAUUGUCACUCGGUGCUCCAUAGCUUAGACCUCACAAUUUGCUGCAAGCAGAGCUUAGAAAUGACUCAAUAGCACAGUGAAUUUAAAAGAAAAGAAAGAAGGAUAUUUGUUUUGUACAAAGUUAUUUAAGUCUGUGCUAUUCAACAUGAAGUAUUUUCUCUGUUUGACUGUGCAGCUUUAGGUCCUGAGUACUUACUGUACUAUUUAUGGCAAUUUUUCUGUACUUAUGACAUUUAAGUUUCCAGUAGUAUUAUUUAAAAAAAAAAAAAAAACUAUAUGUAAACAGUUCGGUGUGUGUUCAUGUGUCUAAAUGCUGUUAACUGUAAUUGUCCAGUUUGAGUUUUUUCUGUUUUGUCAGUUUUGUUCAUGUGAUCCUUGGCAGCCCCAUUUAAAAAAAAAAAAAAAAAAAAAAAAAAAAAGCAAAGAGUUUUUAUUGUAGGGUGCAUUCAUAUAGUGUUUUCCCCUUUGAGCCAAUCUCUGAAGUUUAUUUUUGGUACAUAGGAAAAUUGCCUUAGCGUUUGUAUGCAGAGGGCAGCAUGUUUGUGCUGCUUUGAUGUGUUAACAGUGCAGAAUAAAUCCUAUUUUACAUGCUUC